CAUCCUUCUUGUUUUUUUGUUUUUUUUUUUUUUUUUCUCAUAUCCCAUUCUUUUUUUUACAUAUACAUAUUUUGAUGACCGAACGAACAUAAAUAUUUUGUUGCUUCAAAAACUACUUUAAUUUAUAUGUUCAUGCCUCUCUGUUGAACAGUGCAGACUGCAGGCACAUGACAUACCCUUGUUUUCAAGAAGACCAUCCAGGUCAUGAUAAAAUGGUGGAUAUGCAAUCAAAGGGAAUUGCUUGUAGGAUUAAGAAGUGUGCCUAUGAAUUGCUGUCGAUUGGUGGUGAUCUGAUGGACGACGCUUACUCGUGGGACUUGAAGGGAAGGGAUAUACGCCUCAAAUCGAUGUUCUUGUUUUGUGAUCUAAGUCAGUUGAUCUCUAACGUCCCAAAGGAUCAGAAGAAGGCCCUGACAGAAGUUGGCAACAAAUUGUUUUCCUCCAUCGAAGAGUUAUAAAUUGGAGGAGACAAACGUAUACGCGCUUGCUCUAACAUGUUCAAAGCAUGUUCCAUUAGUGACUAGUAAGAUGGUGGUUGAGGUAAUUGACAAACGCUUUUUGUUCAUUGCACAGUUGGAUCAUGCAGUGAAAAUUCGUAGCAUUCCGUUGACUCAAGACCGAUACAACGAGGCCGGUGUCAUUCUACAGGAGCUGAUGGUUCUCAUGCCUUGAUGCAUGCCUCAAAUUGGUGUUAUAGAGUGAGACUGAUCUGUAUAUUGCCAGGGAGCAAUAAAGCAAUCUCAUCUUGUAGAUAAAACUUGACUCCAGUUUGUACAGUGCUACACAACCACGAAACUUUGACUCUUUCCUUCAUUCAUAUUCCUUGUUUUCUUCCUUUAUUUCUUUGAUCCAAGUAUUAGAAUACACAAUAAGGAUGUUACAUACUUCCUUGACUCA